AUGUGGUUCUUUCGGGUGCUGUCUUCUGCGAUUUUCCUGCUCUCGAUCAUCCUUUCGAUACCUAUAGCCUUCGAUGUCGGGGGACGAGAUUGUGGGCUUGCGUUCUCGCUCAGCCUGUUCUACUUUUACUUCUUUUACUCGACGAUCAGGUUAGCAACACCAGACAAGUCGAGAGUACGAUGGGCAUUGGUGCAGAUGAUCGGGAUGGCACAGUGGGUGCUGAUCCCAGGCCUGUUAAUAUGGAGUAUGAACAGGUUCGCAGUGGAUGCAAACAAUAGCGGCGACUGGGUCGCAAGAACAUUUGAUGGAAAGAGGGCACAACACUCAACAAUCCGGGAAUGGAUAUUCGGAAGUGGAGGAUUACUGGAGAUGAUGACUAUUGGAACCUGGGACAAGCUUCUACGAUACUCAACGCCAUUUUUCCAGCUAGCAGAAGGGUUUUGCAGUCUGUUAGUGAUUCAGGCUGCAGGUCAGAUCACUAGAUGGCUUGUCAACCGUGGAAGAAGUGAUAUGUGGAUGAUUGGAUUACUCGUCCUUUCAGCCUCGAUCAUAUCUAGCUCUGUCUACUUCCUGUGGCGGAUCAUGAACUUCCCAGAGAUCGGCAAUGUCGAUGCUACUCUCAUCGGAGUCACAAUAACUUGUGCUGUCUUUCUCUGUGCGUGGGGAAUCGGCAGUGGGCGGGGCAAUCCGGUCGAAAGCUCAUUGCUUUUUGCAUACGUGGUGCUGUGUAUCUACCAGAUCUUCACCGACUAUCUUCCAACUUCGGAGCCUCCACCGCCUCCAGCUCAACCAGACUUUCCGCCUUUCCCGCCUAUCAUAAUGGCUUCAUACAGCACGCUUGUAUACAUCUUGUCGACAUUACCGUCCGCCGUUCUUUCGGGGUUCCAAUUCCUAUAUGCCGCCUUUCAGACCAUCACACCAUCUGUUAUCAUCUCUCUCGCUUAUAGAAUAUUCGUAUUCUACUCGGCAACUCGAAUUAUACCAGCUGUCCGAGAAUCUGGUGCCCGAGCUCUAUCUCAAGAGCCUAGCCUUGAAGAUAGCGAUGGAGCUGGCAAGAUCCUAGGACUCUUGAGCUGGUUUAGCCCUAGUAUUCUCGUGGCUGUCUAUACCAGCUUACUCAUGCAACACUUCUCAACUACUUCCGCAGAAGGAAAUAACACUGAGUGGUGGAUGAUGCAAGGUGGAGACGCCGGAGGUAAUGUCUGGCGAUGGAUCAACGUAGCUGCAACAAUGGCACUAUACGCCUUGGAGCUAUACCUAGGCAAAGAAGAGUCGGAUGACUCAUUGACGAGCCACUGGAAGACAGAUUGA